UCAGCAGCAGCAGCAGCAGCACCAGGCGUCUCCGUCGCCGCCGGGGCCGUCAACGACCCCAACCCCCCGGUCACAACAAGACUAUAAAACGAGCUCGACGCCCCCUUUAUACUCCGAACUGGUCGAACUCGCCGCCUUCACCGUCCCCCCCCCCCCCUCACUCCCCGUAAUCCCCACACUCAUGGUACAGCUCGCCUCCUCCAUAUAACUCCUCAACGAACACUCAUACGACCUCGUGACGGUAAGAUCAUAACUCGUGCUUUUGUCCCGACGUCGAGGCUGUAUACACCUGGCUGAGACUGACGGUCUCUGGGCCUUGGAUGAUGGGUGUAGGAAUGCGCCAUGUCGCAGUCGGUUUUGGGGGCGUUUUUUUUUUUCAGACAGCCGACUUCGUAGGUUGUUCGGAGGGCGUUGAUGCCCGCGAUGCUGGCGGCUGUGCUGGUCCAGCCCGCCGUAUUUGGGGAAGUUCGAUGGACCAGUUGGGGGAUGAAAGUAGGGGAUUACUGUGGUGCUGGUGUCGGUGGCGUGGGUGGUGCCUAGUAACGUGAGGGCGGUGGUGAGGAGGAGGGUGGGAUUCUUAGGUGUUCUUGGGUGUUUCUUCGGGUUUCAAAAGAGAGGGUAUGUAGGUAGGAAGUCAGAAGGACGAGGAAAGGGGCCUUCCCUCUACUAGUAAUAUUAGAGCCAAGCUACCUUGGCCUACCCAACACAUUCAUUAGCACUUAGUAGCCCCCCCAAGACUCAAAAAAGGUACGAGGUAGAUAGGUAGGGUAGGGUAUACGGAGGAUGAAAAAGCAGAG